AUGUACAUAAAUUGCGAAUUUUCAGAACCCACUGGCCAGGUAUUCGGGGAAUACACGUUAUCAUAUUUAACUGAGUUAUUCCUCGCUUGCCUUAAAGACCUCCAAUCCAGAAACCUCCUUAAAGAGAUUGACACCGACAAACUCUUCUCAAACAUCACAGAAAUUCUGGACUGCAACGUCGUCUUCUGGCGCAACACUCUUUUUCCCUUAGUCCGCGAUAUGAGGAAAAACAGACGCACCUCCUGCAUCGAAAACAUGCUCGAAGGAUUCCACAGCAUUCAAGACGUCUUCCAACCGUACUACAAGUACUGCGCCGAGCAGGCCAGGUGCCAGCACCACUGUAGAGAAAAUAUGGACAGCGAAGUAUUUACUGCGUAUCUGACGUGGUGUGAGAGCCAAAAGGAAUGUAAUAGGUUAAGGCUUAUGGAUAUUUUAGUACAACCGAUGCAACGACUUACCAAGUAUGGCUUACUUCUUAAAGCUAUUCUUAAGAACACAGACGAAGAUGUAGAGCGAGAAAAUUUGCAGACUAUGAUCAAAAUGGUGGACGAUUUCGUAAAUAACGUCAAUUCCAGUUUGAAGCACCGACAAGACAAAGAAAGACUGAAGGGUAUAAUAGCGAGAAUCGAGAGCUACGAUAUCGUCAUAUUAUUUCUGUUCAAAAUUAUUGCAGACAAUCAGUGA